GUGGCGUCCUUUUGUUAGGCUCCGUUUUGUGACGGUCUUCUCUGUUUCAGAGUGCCUUUGGUCGUUCCAUUUUGGCUUCGUUUGUUGGUUUCCAGUACAUUGACAGGAAUUCAGGUGCGUUUUACGUGUGACUUGCGGUUUGUCCAGACUGCACAUUUCAACGGUCGCCGCCAUUUGAAUUUUUACCUCGAGUUGAUCGUUUUCCUGCCGUUCUCCCAUCUCAUACUCCUUCAUUAUCUUCGUCUGUUGGUUUCCUGGCAUCAAUAUCCGUGAAUUUCGCGUUUUCCGUCGAAUUCUACUUGUUUUUCACCAGAUCUGUACUAUCUGCAUUGUGACGUCACAAUCACCCCACCAAGCCAUCGACGAUCGCGAGCGUUUGACUUUGGAUUCUUUCUUUGCGCUCAACGUUUGGUUUCUGUCGUCACGUUUGACAUUGGAUUCUUUCUUUGAGCUCAACGUUUGGUUUCUGUCGUCACCCAAGACUUGCUGCUGCUGUUGCAUUCAACAUUUUCUUUCGUUGGCCUCUGUGCACAGUUUGAGGUGAAUCAUGUCUGAGUCUGGUUCUGGUUGCGUAGAGAGUGAUACCGAAGAAGAUGAUCCCCCUGACUGUAGGCGUUCUACUCAAAGUCCUAAUUCAUGUUGUCCUUUAUGUUCUCUGGUGACAAGAGACACAGUUUCGCUGUUUCAACACAUAAAUGCAAACCACAUUUGCUACAGAAAUUUCCCGGAUGUUCAGUUCUUAGAAUUCCACAACCGUCGCUUAUGUUCAGAAUGUGGCUUUGCUUAUGGUAAUCGUUUCUCAUUUUGCCGACGUUCUCUAGGUCCUGGUCGUGGUAGAUGUCGUGGUUUGAUGACCCAUCCAAGUGCAUCAUCCUGGUUGAGUCAGUGUGAAUCCACCGCUGUUAACGGUGAUAUUGGAAUUCAGAAUUCACCUGAGGUAGCUCCAACAUCAGCUUCAAGGAUUACUUCUUCAUCAGUGCCUGUAUCCUCAUCUUCUAAUUUGGUGCUCGAGGGUAUUAAAGCAGCUUCUAUGAUGUCCUAUCCAGCUGUUGGUGACAUGGAAUUGUCUGUUUUCAAUUCACUGAUGAACGAAGUUGUCACCACACCAGUUCAGACAGUUACUCAUGUCCCAAAAUCAGUUAGACCACUUCUAAGUGUGGUUUUAGCUAAAGAAUUACGGUGUGCUUGUGAGGGUGGCCUGUGGGGCUUUGCUCGCCUCUUCAUGCUGGCCAAAGCUACCCUUCGCUGUCCUCCUCGUGGUGGGAGAAAGAAAAGGUACGUUGUAAAGGAAAUUUUGUCUUCUCGCCUUCAACGUUGGUUGGAUGGAGAUAUUCUAUCACUGUGGCUGGAUGUCAAGGCUGAGACUAACCCUUGCCAUGUUUCAUUGAAUUCCUCAAAUACCGCUACCACAAAUACUCGAAGAUCAUUGAGAUUGGCUUCAGAAGGUCGAUACAGUGAUGCAUUUCAGGCUUUGGGUUCACGAGGUUGUGCCUCUCAUGACAGCAGUGAAGCUUUAGAAGAGUUGGCAAAUCGACAUCCAGUUCACGAUCUUCCUGCUUGGCUAGAGGAAGUCCCACCUUCACUAGUUGUGGACUCUCAGGAGGUUAUUUCUGCAUUGGAAGCAUUUCCCAAUGGCUCAAGUCCCGGUUAUUCUCAUCUUCGAGCACAACACUUAAUUGAUGCUAUACGAGGUUGCAAUGUUCCAGAAGCGCAGUCCUGUUUAGAAAACCUAACACGAUUGAUGUGUCUCUUGUUGUCUGGAAAACUUGAUCGCAACAUUUCUCCCUUCCUGUCUGGUGCCCCUUUGACUGCUCUCCAAAAGAAGGCUGGCGGCAUUCGGCCCAUUGCUGUUGGGGAAGUGUUGCGUCGUUUGGCUAGCCGUCUUUGCUGUUCUGCUAUAAAACCUCGCUUACCGGACGUCUUCUUACCAUAUGGUCAGGUAGGUGUUGGAAUACGAGGAGGUUUAGAGGCAAGUGUUCAUUCUCUAAGGUCAUACAUUGAAGAGAACAGUGCUAGACAUGACCUGUGCUGUUUCAAACUGGACAUGAAGAAUGCGUUCAAUGAAUGCCAUCGCAAUUCAUUCCUGAAGAGACUUGGCAGUGAAUUUCCUGAAUUGGUAGCUUGGGUACAGUGGUGCUAUCACUGUGCUGCUGAGUUGCGCUUUGGCUAUCAUCACCUUACAUCUACAGCAGGAGUCCAACAAGGCGAUCCACUGGGACCACUGCUGUUCUCCUUAGUCGUCCUAGAACUAAUGGAUGAAGUUGGAGAAGUGCCUGGCUUAGACCUAAAUUUGUGGUACCUUGACGAUGGUACUUUUGCUGGCACACGGAAAUCUGUCUCAAAGUUAAUAAACUUCAUCAUAGAGAAAGGUCCUUCCCUGGGCCUUCAUGUCAAUUUAUCAAAGUGUGAAGUGUUUUGGCCUUCAGGAGAUCGAACACAUCCAGAAUUUCCACCAGAAGUACACCGGUUGUCAGAUGGAAUGGAAUUGCUUGGUUCUCCUGUGUUUGGUUCAUCGGAUUUCUUCACUAAUUGUUUCAAGAAGCGAGUCGAUCAAGUAGCAAAUACCCAAUCUCAUCUCUCUGAUCUUGAAAAUCCACAAGUGGAACUUCAGUUGUUGAGAAGUUGCCUGUCCAUAUGUAAAAUCAACCAUUUGCUACGAUCUGUGAGACCUGGGGUUGCUACGAGCACAUUGUCUAUUUUCGAUGAAGGGUUACGCCGAUCUCUCAGCCGUAUCACAAGAUCUUCAAUUUCUGACUUUGCAUGGUCACAAGCAGUAUUGCCAAUUGGAAAAGGAGGUAUGGGUAUCCGGGAGGCCUUAUCUACUUCACCUUCCGCUUUUCUUGGCAGCUGUAACUCAAAUCGAAAGUUAGUUAAUUGCUUACUGAAACGUAACCAUCCUUCUCUUCUCACUUUGAUCAAACCCUUGCCUGGAGAAGACGAAGCACGAGGAAUCGUGCAUAACCUACUUUCAAGAAAGGAUUCACCUUCAUUAGAUUUGGUGACAGCUACACAACAUCAGAUUCAAAUUCAACUAGAUGACAUCUCAUUUUCCAACCUACUCAAUUCAGUGAGUCUCAGAGAUAGGGCUCGCUUGAAGACAUUAUCAUCUCCUCAUACUGGUGCAUGGUUGCGGGCAACUCCAAACCGUAACUUAGGCCUCACCAUGUCACCCCAUGAGUUUGUUGUAGCAGCAAGAUACUGGUUGGGUCUACCUGUGUUUCCGUUCCCACCAAACAGCAUCAGAUGUAUAUGUGGUCAUCCACUUGACCCAUAUGGAGAUCAUCUUGUUGGGUGUGGUCAUGGUCCACAUCGUCUGAAUCGACAUAAUGCUUUAUGUGAGUCUAUUUGGCAAUCACUCCUCAUUGAUUCCAAACAAGUUGUGAAAGAACAGAGAAGCUCGGGUCAAUCCAAAUGCCGCCCAGGUGAUGUCUUCCAUCCGAAUUUCUUGAAUGGACGGCCUGGAUAUUUUGACAUCACUGUAAGAAACACGUUGCAACCAUCUUACAUUGCUCGAGUUGCUGAAACAUCAGGAGUUGUUGCAGAAGCAGCAGAAAUGGGCAAGGAUGAUCGUCACCAUGCAAGAGUAUCUUUGACUGGUGGUACAUUUUAUCCGUUGGUAGUUGAAACACUUGGCCUUUGGUCACCAGACAGUCUAGAGACUUUGAAGUCUAUAUCCUCAAAAGUAUGUGCUGUGUUAGCUGUUCCCUUCUGGAAGGCUUUAAAGAAUUUGCUAGAGCAGCUUUCUGUUAGAUUAUGGAUUUAUAACGCUAGAAUGAUAUCUAGCCGCAUACUUGCGGAAGUAGCUGAAGUCCUUAGUUGGGACUUCCCUGUAUGUGAGUAGGUGUGUAAGAAAUAAAUAAAUAAAUAUAAAAAAAAAAAAAAAAAAAAAAAUAUAUAUAUAUAUAUAUAUAUAUAUAUAUAUAUA